GAAAAUGAUUUGAGUCUCGCCGCCCUCAUCCAACAUCGCCAUCUUGGCCAAUUGCCUUGCCUUCGCUUCUUCCGCGUCCUGUGAUCGGGUCAAUCAUGUCAAGCUUUUCAAAGGUUUUCCUGCGCACUUCGCGUGCUGCCGUGCAGUACCAGCGUGGCGUCUCGCCGGUGCAGAAUGCCUUGGGUGCGCAGGGCACCAGCAGGUGGAUGAAUGGUGUCCGUAACUACGCCGCCUUCACACGAGACAAGCCUCACGUUAACAUUGGUACCAUCGGCCACGUCGAUCACGGAAAGACCACUCUCACAGCCGCCAUCACCAAGCGACAAGCAGAAAAGGGCUUUGCUAAAUACCUCGACUAUGGCUCCAUUGAUAAGGCACCUGAAGAGCGCAAGCGUGGUAUCACCAUCUCGACCGCCCACAUUGAGUACCAGACCGAAAACCGCCACUAUGCCCACGUCGACUGCCCCGGUCACGCUGAUUACAUCAAGAACAUGAUUACGGGAGCUGCCAACAUGGAUGGUGCCAUUAUUGUUGUUGCCGCUUCUGACGGUCAGAUGCCCCAGACACGUGAGCACUUGCUACUCGCCCGCCAGGUCGGUGUCCAGAAGAUCGUUGUCUUCGUCAACAAGGUCGAUGCUGUCGAGGACAAGGAGAUGUUGGAGCUCGUCGAGAUGGAGAUGCGCGAGCUGCUCAGCAGCUAUGGCUUUGAGGGUGACGAGACCCCCAUUGUCAUGGGCUCUGCCCUCUGUGCCAUCGAGAACCGCCAGCCGGAAAUUGGUGUCACCAAGAUUGACGAGCUGCUCGAGGCCGUCGACUCAUGGAUUCCUACCCCUCAGCGUGAGACUGACAAGCCUUUCCUCAUGGCCGUCGAGGAUGUCUUCUCCAUUGCUGGUCGUGGUACCGUCGUCUCUGGCCGUGUUGAGCGAGGUAUUCUGAAGCGCGAUGCUGAAGUCGAGCUCGUCGGCAAGGGUACCGCGCCCAUCAAGACCAAGGUUACCGACAUUGAAACCUUCAAGAAGUCUUGCGAAGAGUCUCGUGCUGGUGACAACUCUGGUCUUCUUCUACGUGGUGUCAAGCGUGACGAAGUUCGUCGCGGUAUGGUCGUUUCCGUCCCUGGACAGGUCAAGGCUCACAAGAAGUUCCUCGUCUCCAUGUACGUCUUGAGCAAGGAGGAGGGUGGUCGUCACACUGGUUUCGGCGAGAACUACAGGCCACAAAUGUUUAUCCGCACUGCUGAUGAGUCGUGUGCGCUGUUCUGGCCCGAAGGUACUGAGGAUGCCCACGAGAAGCUUGUCAUGCCUGGUGACAACGUCGAGAUGGUUUGCGAGCUCCACGCACCACACGUCUUGGAGACUGGCCAGCGCUUCAACAUGCGUGAGGGUGGCCGAACAGUCGCUACUGGUUUGGUGACGCGUGUUCUGGAGUAGGUUGGUCCGCCAGAAUGACGGAGCAUGUUGCGAGCAUACCCAUCGUCGAGCCUGGAGAGGGCCAUUUGUAUAUUAAUCACUGUGUCGGAUGUAUUUCUGCUCUCCACUUCUCAUUGACGUUCGUCGUGUACUUUAGCAGAACGAGCAAAACGGAUCUAGAUGGGAGGCGUUGAGCUACAUGACGAAGCUCCAAGAAGAUAAUGACCUUUUCAAACAGACAUUGCUGCAUUCGAAAACUCCGGCAUUUGACACGUGAGGAUGGAAAGGGGAAUGGUGUAGGGGUUGGCUUGGCACAAGUAUACAAACAUCCUUCUGCCAGCCAAACCAUCGUCCUCGCAUAUCGUCCCUAUCGGCACGUUGACUCAAACUCUCACAGAAAUUUAGAUCUCUCCCUGCACGUUAAUUCGUUCCGACUUCCCUACUUACAG